AUGGUGGGAAUUACCACCACUGACACUGGCAAUAGAACUAAGUAUUAUAAGAAUAGUGAUGGUAAUAAGUGGGUUGAAAAACAUGAUCUCUCAACAAAUGGCGAGCUUAUUGAAAAGAAACUAGAUGACCUCAACUGUUAUAGUAAUGACGCAGUUACCGUUAAACUCACAAAAGAUGCAUACGGGACAGGAAAGUUACACUGUUGUGAUGGUCAUAAAAACCAUAGUAAGGUCUCUGUUGAGCCAGUGUCAGUUAAUCAUCCACAUAGCCGCCACCAUCUGGGUUCAGAGAAUCUUACAGUCAAAAAAUACUCAAUUUUGGGUACAACACUGGCAGCUAUCAAGCAUGAUUCAAGUAGUGAAGAUAAAAAGAAUAGAAUAAAGAGAAUAAAGAUUCCUGGUCUCAAAGCUUCUGGAAAUGAUCCAGUAGACAUAUACACCGUUUAUUCGGGUAAUAGUAAGAACCCAGAGUUAAUCUACGUCAAAGGUGGAGAUCCUAGUGUUGAUAGGAAGUGGUUUAAGAAGGGUGGUAAUGGAGAUGAAAACUGGACGAAAGCUCCUGAACUCAGUGGUAUAAUACCAGAAAAUAUUACCGAAUGCGCCAACUGGAAUUCUCUUGUUGGUGAACUAAGAGAUAGUAAUAGUGACUUGCAAGACUGUUCUCAAGAGAAGCUUAGAAAACAAAAACUACAAACACAACGUUCUGAAGAAGUAGCUCCUGGAACUACUACUCUUCCUACUGCUCCUGAAGUUACCGAAAUUCAACAUCUUUCUGAUCCAUUUUCUCUUACUGUUGCUACUCAACCUUAUCUUGAAGCUCCUCCUGCUCAUCAACCUCGUGGUAAUGAUUCUUCUUGGAUUGAACAUACUGUCUUUGGAUGUCUCGCUAGUUGGUCUAAUGGAGUACUACUUCACUGUGGAUGA